AUGCGGGGUUCUAUGACCAUUUUUGGUAGGCAUCUAAGGAGGUGGAACGUGCCCUGCCAUCUUAUCUCCACGUGCACCAGCAUCAAGAAGGUCUGGAAAGUCCUCCCUCCAGAAGACCCUACCAAAAAUGGAUUUACUCCGAACGACCACCCGAGUUUACGAAACUUGACGCCCAACCGUUCAAAUUCGGCGUUCGGUUUUGUGGAGGGAAUAAGGUCCAUUACAGAAAUGAAGGUUGACAUGAGCGACCACCCGAGUUUACGAAACUUGGCGCCCAACCGUUCAAAUUCGGCGUUCGCUUUUAUAUUAAGGUUGACAUGGUUGACAUAUAUCAAGGUUGACAUGCUCUACUUGACCGGAAUUACCUCAGGAGCGACCACCCGAGUUUACGAAACAUGGCGCCCAACCGUUCAAAUUUGGCGUUUGGUUCUGAGUGACCUCCCAAGUUUACGAAAUAUGGGGCCUAACCGUUCAAAUUUGGCAUUCGGUUCUAAUGUAUCCCCUGAGUUUACGAAACAUGCAUCUGCCCCAUGGUUUUACGAAAUGUGGCACAUAGCUGUUCAUGUUCUGUGUCUAUUUUGUGGGGGGGUUAAAGUCUUUGGGCAGAAUUUGGAGUUUGCAUCCAGCUAUUCACAUUUGCGGCUCGGUCUCGUGGACACACAACAAAUUUGA